UGACAGAUGUGUGUCCUUCAAUAGCCAAAAAACAUUUAGCGUUAAAUAUGUCUGUUUCUCCUGUGGUACCACAUGUAACAUGUGUGUACAAUUUCAAGACAUACAUGCAUGGGAUUACAGAAAUCACUAGUAAUAAUUUCAGUGUGACUUCAUUAAAUGGUGAGAAAUAUAAGUACGAGCAAGUUUCGUAUGGAAAUUAUUCUACAAAUACUUCAGUAAUAAAUUUGAAGGGUGUACCUGAUUUAUCUAUUUGGGACGAUAGAUCUGUACUUAUUUUGGCUGUACAUCGUCUAAACUUCUCUACAGAACCUACUUGCCCUGAAGUCUAUCUGUGUGCUAUUCCCAAUGUUAGACACAAAAGGACUUCAGAAUGUGAAACUAGUUUAGGUGAAGUUAGUGGAAGUUGCCAAGAUGAAAUCGACGAAACUCAUUUUUUCUUGUUUCCACUUGCAAGCUCUUUAAAGAUUUCAGUUGGCAAUGUUGGUCAUAACGCAGACUCAUUGAGCAGUAGCAUGCAUAUCGUUGUCACUGCUGGGUAUCGUUUACCUCCUACUGCAUUUACUUGUCCAUCUGGCUAUUUCGCUUGCCAGUUAUUCAAUAGACUUAUCGAACCUCGGUAUUCCCCACUAAACUGGACAUACCGUAUAUGUUUGCCCUUGGAUUUGUGGUGUGAUGGAGUACCUAACUGUCCAGUUACUGGUUCAGAUGAAGAGAACUGCUCCGCUGUACCGCCUAACAGUUACGUGUACUUGGAUUCACAGUUUCAAAGUGAAUAUCAAAUGCUUAGCAGUGUUUUAGAUCGAUAUGCUGAGAAUACAAGUCUAUUACGUUUAACUGGAUUUCAUAAAAUUUCUGACAAACCAAGUAUAUUUUUUGCAUCACUGAACACAGUCUGGUAUUCAUUGGGAUUGCUUUCAUUUAUUUCAGUGAUAGCUGUAUUGACUAUUGCAUUUAAACUGUCGAAAAAGAAGAGAGGUGGGAAUACUGUUCAAGUCGUUGAAGAAAAAAGUUAUGCUGAAAUUUCACACAGUAGCAGUAAUGCUUUGAAAAAUAAUAUUGAUAAUAGUUUUUCAGACAUUGAUUGUUAUGAAGAGAAAUUAUCAAGUAGUAAUAAUGAUAAUAACAAUAAUAUUUGUGGGGCAAAUCACAAACUCGAUGGUUCUAACAAUGUUUAUCAUCAUUUUCCUUCAAAUGGUACACAUCACAAGAAUUUUUAUGGAGAUUCAGUUGGUUGUAACCGAGAAAGUGUUCCACUUAUUCAUGGACAGCGUCCAGAACACAAACCAUCAUCAUCGCCAUCAUAUUGUGUGUUAGAUGAAGAGUAAGAUUAGAAUUCAAAAAUGUGUGUAUGUUGUCGACUUUUAGUGUGUUGUUGUUUUAAUUAAUAACACUUUAAAUGGCAGAUUUUUAUUUACGAUGAAUUUAUCUUUGUGUUUGUGAUUGAUCUUUGAGAUUUUGCAUGCCUAUUUCUUUCUCAUAUAUGCAUGUUUGCAGAUUAUAGUCCCGUGUAAAGUAUUUAUUUACCUACUUUCAUCUCAUUGAAGCUUUGUUCCGGUGAUUAGUUGGUAGUUUUGUCUUUUUUUAACUGUCUUCUUCAGCUGUCACGCAUUCAUCCUUCUUUUUUCCUCUCUCUCUCUCUUUCGCUUCCUUCCACUCAUACCCUGAGUUUUUACAUGGACACAUUUUGUUAUGUAUUGACUUGAAGUUGAUGUCACUAUCUAUUCAUGGAGAAUGAUGAAAUGUCUAUUUUGAAUUGCAUCUCCUUUUCUUUAUGUGCACUAUGAUUAGCUUAUCUUGUUAAUCUUGACUUGAUUUUAUGAGAAUAAAAGUGGAAUUAAAAUCUCUUCACAUAUUUGUUCAAUUUUGCAUCAUCACCCAUAUUAUAUCAUCAUCAUCAUUUGUUUUGUAUCUUUUUCUUUCCUAACCCAUUAAUUAUGUCGUAUGUUUUAUUCCUUCCGUGUGUGUAUGUGUGCGAAUGUGUAAUCCACAUAUUACAGAGAUAAAUCUCCUCCUAUAUUUCCACUGUUUUUGUUAUUACCAUCAGAUGAUGAAAGAAGUAGUCAGUUUCCAUUUAUCAGCUUGACUGUCUAUUUCACCUCUUUUGCCGAAAUUUUAUUAUUUAUUUUUUCACAUUGGUGUAUUAUUAAGAGAAAAAAAAUGUAUUCCGAUUGCUAAAACAACUACAAGUAGGUGGUAUUUAGUCGGGAAGCUUGAUCCGAUUUAUUGACUUUCUUGAGAUAUGGUGUUUGUUACGUACAGUACUGUGCUUGUGGAGCUUUUCACAGUCGUAGUCAAACGGUAAAGUUUAUAUAAUGAAGGCUAGCUUCUUUUUCA